AUGCCGCCCACACUCGAGAAAAUCGAUACCAGCGCUCCCCCAUCUGCGAACAAACCCAAGACCGCUAUGACUCCCGUCACCCACAAGCAAAUGUCCGAGGAAGAAGUCCAGGCGUACCAAGACGUCUUUGCUCUGUUUGACAAAGAUGGAAGUGGAACCAUUACCGCGCAAGAACUCGGUGAAAUCAUGAAGUCUCUUGGCCAGAACCCGUCCGAUUCAGAGUUGCAGGAUAUGAUCAAUGAAGUCGACGUCGAUCGUUCCGGCAGCAUAGAUUUUGACGGCAAGUAUUCUCCAUCCGCCACCGACUAUAUUCUGUUUACCUCUCUGCCCAAUAUCGCACCCGGAUAUUUCUGA